AUGAUACUUUCCCUCUUUGUGACGUGGAUCCUGACUGUUAUGUCCAUGGCCUUGCCGAACUCGAUCGUAGAUGAGCAAUGGAAAAUUUGGAAGCAGGCAUAUGGAAAAAGCUACCUUAAUGUGGAGGAAGAUCGAGCCAGGAGAGAAAUUUGGCUGGAAAACUUGGAGAAGAUUGCAGCUCACAAUGCUCAAUAUCAUCAAGGAAAUUCCAUGUAUGAAAUGGCCAUGAAUGAAUUUGGAGACUUGACAUCAAUGGAGUUUGUAGAAUUGUAUACUGAUUCAACAAUGUAUGAAAUGGCAAAUUACACAGAUGAUGCACUAUCAGAUAUUGAGCUGGAAGAACUGGAAGAAGUAGAGGAAGUCAGUCGUAUUCCCAAAGAAGUGGACUGGCGUCAAAUGGGCUAUGUUAGGGACGUAAAGAACCAGGGUUCAUGUUUAUCGUGCUAUGCGUUUGCUGCCGUCGGAGCUCUGGAAGGUCAGCUGGCCAAGGAAAGGAACCAAUAUGUGGAUCUGAGUGUGCAAAAUAUCAUUGACUGUUCCGAUGAAUUUAAGAAUUAUGGGUGCAAUGGAGGUUUACCGUAUCGUGCCUUUAAAUACAUUAAGAAAUACGGCAUUGAAGCUGAUCAGUCAUACCCCUACCAAGCGAAGCAAAAUGAUCGGUGCUUUUUUAGUAACUUUAAGAGUGUCACCACAAUUAAAGGAUUCAAAAGGAUAAUGAACAUUGAUGAGAAAAAAUUAGCUGCAUUAGUGGCACGUGUUGGACCAGUUUCUGUACUUGUUUAUUCAUCACUUAGUUCCUGGAGAUUUUACAAGUCAGGAGAUUUACAAGCUUCUCAGUUCAGAGGACUGACUCCAAGCUGGCUGGCCGCAGCCAGUAUACUUUGCACAAGUAUCUUUGAUGAUGUUGACUGCAAUAGUAAGAGAGUUGAUCAUGCAGUGCUCUUGAUAGGAUAUGUGGAUGUAUCUUCAAGAGGCUACUGGAUCAUUAAAAACAGCUGGGGAAAAUCCUGGGGUGAGGAAGGAUACAUGCGCAUGAUUAAAGACAAAAACAUGUGUGGAAUUAAAUAUUGUGCUUCCUAUCCCACAAUCUGAAGACUUUUGACUUCUGCAACAAAAACAAAAUCACUCAAAUUAUUUUAGAUAAUGUCCUGUAUUUAGCAACUAUUUUAUAUGAAUCAUUGUAACGGAGCUGCCUACAGCAUUUCUUGAGCAAACAUGUAAUUAAGACUAUUUACUCUAGAGGGAGCCAGACUUGUCUCUAAAUGCAUUUUGAAAACUUUAUUUGCAAUGAUUAGUGUUUAUUUUGUUGUGGUGCUGUUUUGUUUCAGUGGUGCUUCUCAUAAUCAGCAAAAUAAAAAUAGAAAUAAUCUGA